GCGAACUAGACUGUCUCAAAUUCAUGGCCUCAUUCUUGAGCUCAACCCAACCACUUCCACCGGCAUUUAAUCGAGGCCCGGCGGCUCCGGCCACCAAACCGGGAACUUUACGAGCACAAACGACGCCCCAACCCGAACCCACUAGUGCAAAUACCAAGACUAAACUCGCAGUAGUGACAGAGAGAAAAGCAGUUGAGCUCCAGAGGCUAAAAGAGAAGGAGGCCAAGGACAGAAAGGAGGAGACCAACAACAAGAUAGCUUCAAGGAAAGCUAUCUCUGUCGUUUUGCGUAGAGAAGCUACCAAGUCCCACAUCGAGAAGAAGAAAGGCUCCAGGAGACUGCUCCCCAGGACUGUCCUCGAAGCCCUCCAUGAGAGAAUCACUGCUCUGCGCUGGGAGUCUGCUCUUAAGGUUUUUCAACUACUACAAGAGCAGUUGUGGUACCGUCCCAAUGCUGGUGUUUACAAUAAACUGAUUGUCAUGUUAGGAAAAUGUAAGCAGCCAGAAAAAGCCGAGGAGCUUUUUCAUGCUAUGAUUGACGAAGGCUGUGAAGUCAGCCGUGAAUCUUAUACUGCUCUUAUAUCUGCCUAUGGAAGGAGUGGUCUCUUCAACAAAGCAUUUUCUCUCCUUGAGGAGAUGAAGAAUACUCCUGACUGCCAGCCUGAUGUCCAUACUUAUUCUAUCCUCAUAAAAUCUUGCCUGCAGGUUUUUGCAUACGACAAAGUGCAGGCUUUGCUUUCAGAUAUGGAAAUUCAGCACAUUAGACCCAACACCAUCACAUACAAUACCCUGAUUGAUGCUUAUGGGAAAUUUAAAAAAUUUGCAGAGAUGGAGUUGACACUUGUGGCAAUGCUUAGCCAACAGGACUGUGAGCCUGAUGUCUGGACCAUGAAUUCCGUAGUGAGAGCCUUUGGCAGCAGUGGGCAAAUAGAAACAAUGGAGAAAUGUUUUGAGAGAUUUCAUAGUGCAGGAAUCCAACCAAACAUCAUGACUUUCAACAUUCUCCUCGAUUCCUAUGGGAAAUCUGAGGAUUACAAGAAAAUGAGUGCUGUAAUGGAAUACAUGCAAAAAUACCAUUACUCAUGGACAAUUGUUACCUACAAUGUGGUGAUAGAUGCAUUUGGGAGAGCUGGGGAUCUAACACAAAUGGAGUAUCUGUUUAGGCUAAUGCAGUCAGAGCGGAUCAAGCCAAGCUGUGUCACACUUUGCUCACUCGUGAGGGCCUAUGGGAUAGCAGGUAAACCUGAAAAAAUUAGUAGUGUUUUACGUUUUGUGGAAAAUUCAGACGUGAAGCUGGAUGCCGUGUUUUUCAAUUGUCUUGUUGAUGCUUAUGGGAGACUGGGAUGCUUCACAGAAAUGAAGGGGGUGCUUGAUAUAAUGGAAGAAAAAGGAUGUUCUCCUGAUAAGAUCACAUAUAGAACCAUGAUUAAAGCUUACUCAUUCAACAAGAUGACCGGUCAUGUGAAGGAACUCCAUGAACUCAUGCAAUCUGCCGGAAAUCAGAUGAGUUGGUCACAGAGACAUAAACCUGACUUCUGAUGGGCGUCAUAUAUAUGCAACUGAUACAAAGUCAGAUGACUUGCUCACAUAGACUAAACUGUUUUGAUCAGCACUCUGCUGUUCGUGCAUCCCACAUAUAUUGUAUGUUGUCAUUGUUUGUAACUCGUAAGUGAUUCCUGAUCCUCUUACAUGCAUAUGUGAAUGAAAAUGAAAUGCAGUGUGGUGUAGUAGCAUAGAAGGGUGAAUAUUAUCAUGUCAUACGACCUGUAAAAUGACAGACUUUAAUUAUGAACUGUAGAUAUAACUGACAGAUACUACUCUCUUUUAGAAACUCUUUCUGGUAUCUUGUGCUGUAUUGACUCCCACAUAUUUACUAUUGAA